AUGUCACAAUCCGAAAUGUCACGGUAUCUCAAGCAGACGCACGACCGCGUCUUCGAGCACAACCGCGCAUGGGCCGAAGAACAGCGAAAGCGGGAUCCCGAAUUCUUCACCAAGCUCUCCGCAGGACAAACCCCAGAAUAUCUCUGGAUCGGAUGUAGCGACUCGCGAAUUCCCGCCGAGCAGAUCACGGGUUUAGGGCCGGGCGAAGCUUUCAUCCAUCGCAACAUCGCGAACCUAGUAGUCAAUACGGAUCUAAACGUCAUGAGCGUCAUUAAUUAUGCGGUUCGUCACCUACAGGUCAAACACAUCGUCGUAUGCGGUCAUUACGGCUGUGGUGGUGUCAAAGCGGCCAUGACGCCCAAGGAUUUGGGAUUGCUUAAUCCGUGGCUGAGGAACAUUAGAGACGUUUAUCGCCUACACGAGGCCGAGUUGGAUGAGAUCAAGGAUGAGACAGCACGGUAUAACCGACUGGUGGAACUUAGCGUCGUUGAACAAUGUCGCAAUGUUAUCAAAACAGCAGCUGUUCAGCAAUCGUACGAAAAGAAUCAAUUCCCAAUUGUUCAUGGAUGGGUCUUUGGAUUUGAGGAUGGGCUGCUGAAAGAUUUGAAGGUGGACCAUGAAGCUAUGUUACACAGCAUUCAGAAGAUAUAUAACCUCACAGAAUAA